ACUCAAACAUUUAAUUUCUGCUGCUAUAAUGUACGAACUGAUCUACAGUAUGUGUACGAGUUCGUAGAGCGGUGUCCUCGCUGGAUUCUGGGACAGGAACACAACUUCCUCCUUGCUCCAGCGACACUGAGAGCACACACACACACACACACACACACACACACACACACACCGUUUGCGUCAGUGCACCAUGGAGAGACCCGCUGAGGUGUCGGAGCGCAGGAGUCCCUCGGUACCAGAUUACAACGUCUCCACCUCCACCUUGGCCUUCGACCGGCAUUUCACCAGGACCGCCAAAGGAAUUCUCCUCCUGGCUGAAAUAGUGUGUGGCAUGUUAGUGUGGAUUCUUGUUGGCGGCACAGAGUAUUUCCAUCUGUCUGCUCUUUGCUGGGUGAUGUUUGUUGCCAUCUCAUGCUGGGUUCUGACUGUGUGCCUGUUUAUAACUGACCUCACGGGAGCCCACAAGAGGAUACCACAGGUCCCCUGGACGACACUGUCGCUGUGUUUGAACUGUGGCGCUGCAGCUCUCUAUCUGGCGGCAGCAGUGGCAGAUGCGCUGUCAGUCAACCAAGCCACCAGGGGGCGACACAACUACAACUGCUGGGCGGCGUCUGCAUUCUUCGCCUUCCUGACCACACUGUGCUAUGCAGGAAGCAGUUACCUGAGCUACCGCACGUGGAAAACCACAGAAGAGGAGAAGUAGUAUGUGAAGUAUGGGGAAAAAACACUCCGGAAGGCGGGAGAUCAAACUUCAGAGAAGGCUCCGGUGAAAUCAAAUCUGGCGUGGAGACUGUGAAGGAUCGUGGUGGAUUCCAAGUAACUGACACGUACUUUGGUCGAGGUCAUUCAGGACACAAAUCAUUUCAAAGUUUGCUUUCAAAAUGUUUGCUGUAGUUUGGCACAAAGUACAGUCAUGCACAGCCAUCAGUGCAUUUUGUCCCCAGUGUCGGGGGGGGGAGCGGGAAAGAAAAGAAUUCAACAUUUUAAAAGAAGGAAAUAUUGAGUAUGUGUAGAUGACAACAAGUCAUAUUUUGUAUUGUCUGCCAUGUAAUCAACUUGACACACAUUGAGUUGUGGUUCUCCUCCAUUAGUAGACUCCGGGAGUACCUAACACACUGUCCCUGCAUGAGUCAACUACAAAUGACCACACGAGCAAAGGUCUGACUCAAAUCAGGAAAAGUUUGUUUGAAAAGGCCGCUUGUUCUUUCGUUUUACACCAAAAAUCAAAAAGGUGGAAAAAAAACAAACCAGUUUCUGUUUUUAUCAACAACAAAAAAAGAAGAGAAAACCGAAUUCAAAAAACGUUCCAUGAUCAAUGUUAGCUCGGUGGGGAAAAAAAGGAUUUCAUUUACUGUGCCACGCAAAGACUCCCAACAGCUACUGUGUCAAAUAUUUCUUUCUUUUGCACCGUGCAGACUUUAACACAGCACUGACAAAUUUGAAGGUGGGGUGUUUAAUUGUGUGGUUUACCGAGUACAUGGUUUGACGUUGUAAAUGAGUCCAUACACUAAUGUCAAUAGUUGACCAACUUUGAGCACGCCAGUUGUUUCUAUUGGCUCUCUUAUGUGACACACAUUGUUUAAUAAAUGUAGAUGAAUUUAGACUGGAUGAAAAAUAUUUUUUCUUUGUCCUAUACCACAGAAAAAGAGCUUCCCUCUGACGUUGGGGUUGGACCGGAGAAGUGAUGAUUAGUUAGGCGUCGGGUUGAAGUAACACCAAGCAUAGAUUUUUUGAAGUUGCUUUUAAUUGGGUUUUUCACAAAGUAUGAAUAAUCAAUCGCAGAAAAUGUUGUUGUAUUCAGUGCUCAUGCUCAUGCAUGCAACAUAAUGCAAUCUGACUCAGAUUGAACAUUUAAACAUGAUUCAAAAAUUUCUCAACCAUUAAAAAUGUGCAGAAAAUAAAAUCCUCUUUCCUUAAAAUACGUGUGAUUUGGAUUAAAAGUGAAAUACAGGUUUCCUUCCCAAGGGAUACAGAUGAAGUGGAAAAUUAUUUAUUAAUGCACCUUCAUGUGACACAUAAGAAUAUUGGGCUGAUUUGUGCACAUUAGUUGUGUCCUGUAAUUUCAACUGCAGCUACCAUUUCAAUUCUUUUUUGUCCCCACUGUUACAUUGUUCCGUACAGAAAGAUUUCAGAGAACUGAUUGAUCCUUCAAUGAAAAUAAUCAAUAGUAGAU